AUGAAGGACCUGAGAACAGAAGAACACCAGGUGGUGGGAUUCCAAAGUUCUGGAAAUCCCAAUUCUUGGUCUCGCUUGCAGGUGGCUCUCCGUAUUCGCCCCAUCAAUGCAGCUGAGUUGGAGGAAGGCGCGACGGUCAUUGGCCACAGAACGGGGGAGCAGAUCAUGGUCCUGAUGGAUCCAUCAGAAGAUCCAGAAGAUAUCCUGCGUGCCAAUCGAUCGAGGGAGAAAACAUUCAUUUUUGACGUGGUUUUUGGUCCUCAAGCAACACAGGAGGAGGUGUAUUUGUCCACUACUAAAAGCCUCAUAGAAGGGGUCAUCUCGGGAUACAAUGCUACCAUUUUUGCCUAUGGACCCACAGGGGCUGGGAAAACCUACACUAUGCUGGGGACGGAUUCAGAACCUGGAAUAUACAUCUGUACCCUCCACGAUCUCUUUCAAGCCAUUGAGGCCACAGGAGACGAGCGGAAUUACUUGGUCUACAUGUCGUACCUGGAGGUUUAUAAUGAAAUUAUCCGUGAUCUCCUGAAUCCGUCCACAGGCUAUCUUGAGCUGAGAGAAGAUUCCAAAGGGUGCAUACAGAUUGCAGGCAUAACAGAAGUCUCAACGACAAAUGCCCAGGAAAUUAUGGAGUUGCUGACCAAAGGGAACAAGGAACGUACUCAGGAGCCCACGGCUGCUAAUAAGACCUCCUCACGGUCACAUGCUGUCCUGCAAGUGUCCGUGAAGCAGACCACUCGAGUGAAAGGCAUCGGUGAGGAAGUGCGUGUCGGAAAGCUCUUCAUGGUUGACCUGGCUGGAUCAGAAAGGGCUGCUCAGACCCAAAACCAGGGCAAAAGGAUGAAGGAGGGGGCCCAUAUCAACCGGUCCCUCCUUGCUCUGGGGAACUGCAUCAAUGCGCUGAGCGAAAAGGGGGGAGGCAGAACUCAAUACAUCAAUUUCCGAGACAGCAAACUGACCCGUUUGUUGAAGGAUUCCCUAAGAGGCAACAGCAGGACGGUUAUGAUCGUCCACAUCAGUCCCGCCAGCACCUGCUUUGAAGAAUCUCGGACGACGUUGAUGUACGCUUAUCGAGCCAAGAACAUCAAAACGAGGGUAAAGCGUAAUCUUCUCAACGUCUCUUACCAUAUUGCUCAGUAUACCAGCAUCAUUUCUGAUCUCCGGCGUGAGAUUGAAUGCUUGAAGGCUAAGGUUGAAAACCAGGAGAAGGAGAAAUAUCUCUUGAAAAGAUCUCCUUUCAUGUCAUCCUCAGGGGAGACUUCUCUGGACUUCGAGGAGGAUGGCCAUCAACAGUUGCAGAAGUUACAAAAACAGCUGGUGGGGGCCUUCAAGGAACAGAUGGACAUGCGGCGCAGCUUAAUGGAGCUGGAGAAUACCAACAUGGAACUCCACGUAGAUACCUCCAGGCACCUUCUCAUGAUUGCAGAUGCCAAAAUACAUCAUCCAAGUGAAAAGGAAGAUGAAGUGGCUGAUCAGGAAGAUUGCCUGGAACCUGUGGAGAUCACAAUUGCCAGGGAAGAGAUAAGCACACUGGUGGCAGAGCAGCGGAAAACGGCUGCCUUAAAGGCUGACCUGGAGCAGAGGUUGGCAAAUGCCAAGAAGAAAGUCUCCCAGAUGGAGAGGAUGCUCCCCAAACAAACCACCAGCAAGGACCAACGGGAAGUUCUGAGCCUCUUGUGCAAGACCCACGAGCUGGAAGUGGGGAAGACGGAGCUUCAAGCCAAUGCUUUGUACAAGGACAAUCUCCUCUGCCAGAAGGACUUCAUCAUCCAGCACCAUCAGCAAUACCGGCAUCUCUGUGAAGAGCUUAUUCAACAGCAAUGGUCCCUAAUCAAAGACCACAAUAUUCCAGUCCUGGGACCGCUGGAAAAACUGUACCACCUAUAUUGUCACGAGUUAGAGGAAGGGACUCUGGAUCGCCUGAUGGUGCUUCACUCGCUGAUGUCCAGCACGUGGCAGUUCCAUUCUGGACAGAUUCAGAGACAAGAUCGCCACCGAGAGGAGAAUCCAGAAGGAUCCAUCGAUCACAAGAAAGCUUUCCUUCCAGGGCCCAAAUUUGAACUUCCCCCCAUUAUUGUGGAUUCAGACAGUGACAGUUACCGGUCUUCCUCUAAAAACACCCCGGCAAAAAGGAAGGCGACUCGUGACUGGAACCACACUCCUACUGUAUUUCUGUUAACGCCGGUCCACCAGAUUUUGCAGAUGAAACACUGGUCCUCCUCCAGUCAGGACAGCAAUGGCCCAGGAAGCCAGAGGCCACCAGCCAAAUCCCCAAAUGGUUCUACAGGAAAUCUUUCCCACAUCUUUCCAGCUCCCACAAAACUCAAGUUUCCCGUUGGACAUCAAACAGGGCCCGUUGAGACCGUUGGUGGAUAUCGGAAGCAGCAGCCCGUUACUCACUCGAAGAAGCCAGGAAAGCCGAAAUAA